AGGAGGGACAGUUCAUCACCCGGAGGUAUCAGCCUCUACGGCAGAGAGACUCCAGAUUCCGAGCAGCAUCCCGUCGUGCCGGAUCAUCCCCGUCUCUCUCCUCUCCGCGGCGAGGCAGCAGGAUGGUCCCGGUGCCGCGCGGCGGACUCACCGGACAAAAGUCACAGCAACCACGACCUCCGACGAACACUACGUGAGAAGCUCUCCAGCUGCUGAGAUGCGUCGCCCACGCCUCGUCCUGCUCCAGGUGUGUGCCAUCGUGAGCCUGCUGCCCUCGGCCUCCUCAGCCGACCUGACGUGUGAAGCUCUGCUCGUGCUGUCGGGGAAUUUCUCACUGCAGACCCUGGCCGCCUCCUGGAACCAAACGCUGGGCAACGCCACGAGUCAGUGGAGCGGCCCGGGACGCUACUGCGACACCUCCAUCGACGGCAUCGGCACCUGCUGGCCCAGGAGCAGCGCCGGGCACAUGGUGUCGCGACCCUGUCCGGAGAUGUUCCACGGUGUCAAGUACAACACCACCAAUAAUGUUUACAGGAAGUGUCUGGCCAACGGGACGUGGGCGCUGAAGGGGAACUACUCCAUGUGUAAGGCCAUACUGGAGGAGAAGAAGUCCAAGAUGCACUACCAGAUCGCCGUGAUCAUCAACUUCCUGGGUCACUGCAUCUCCAUGGUGGCGCUGCUCGUCGCCUUCUUCCUCUUCCUGUGCCUGAGGAGCAUCCGCUGCCUGAGGAACAUCAUCCACUGGAACCUGAUCACCGCCUUCAUCCUGAGGAACGCCACCUGGUUCAUCGUCCAGAUGACCAUGAGCCCCGAGGUGCACGAGAGCAACGUGAUCUGGUGUCGCCUCGUCACCGCCUCCUUCAACUACUUCCACUCCACCAACUUCUUCUGGAUGUUCGGCGAAGGCUGCUACCUGCACACGGCCAUCGUCCUCACAUACUCCACCGACAAGCUGCGCAAGUGGAUGUUCAUCUGCAUCGGCUGGUGUAUCCCCUUCCCCAUCAUCGUGGCGUGGGCCAUCGGGAAACUCUACUACGACAACGAGAAGUGCUGGUUCGGGAAGCGAGCGGGCGUCUACACAGAUUACAUCUACCAAGGUCCCAUGAUCCUCGUGUUGGUGAUAAACUUCAUUUUCCUCUUCAACAUCGUGAGGAUCCUGAUGACCAAGCUGCGCGCGUCCACCACGUCGGAGACCAUCCAGUACAGGAAGGCCGUGAAGGCGACGCUGGUGCUCCUCCCUCUCCUGGGAAUCACCUACAUGCUGUUCUUCGUCAACCCCGGCGAAGACGAGAUCUCUCAGAUCGUCUUCAUUUACUUCAACUCCUUCCUGGAAUCCUUCCAGGGCUUCUUUGUGUCGGUGUUUUACUGCUUCCUGAACAGUGAGGUGCGCUCGGCCGCGAGGAAGCGGUUCCACCGGUGGCAGGAGCAGCACUCCAUCCGGGCCCGGAUGACCCAGGCCAUGUCCAUCCCCACGUCGCCUUCGCGGGUCAGCUUCCACAGCAUCAAGCAGUCCACGUCGCUAUGAGGGGGGGGGGCCAGUCCCACGGCACAUUCACGCUUUGGUGGUGGGCAAGGAGAACCCCCCUCCCCCCCCCCCCGCUGUCGUCGUCAUCCUCGCCGUCGCCAUGGUUUCCUGCCACAUCACUGGAGUUCACUUAAACACUUUGUGGGCUCGAGGGCGCGAGACUGCGUCAAACCUCAGGAGGGUCGAUACACGUUUUAGACUUUGAGGAGAAAAUGGACGCGGGACACGGACACUGCCGACGCUUCUGAGCCCCGAGGUCAGUGGAUCUGAAUGUACAGCACUCUGUCCGUUUGAGAAAAGAAAGUCUGUGUUGUGUUCCUGGAUCUGGUGCCGCUCGUGCCACUGGAUCCAGCCCAGAGGACACGGGACCCAAAGGCCCGAGAACCAGCGCAGUGACUCAGUUAUUCACAUUCAGAAAUGUAACUUUCUGAUUUUCUUCUCUCCUCUUUUUUAUUGUGUUGUCACAAACAGCUGUCUGAACGUCGUGUUUGCGUUAGUUUUGGGUGUUGUGUGAUCGUCCCCGGUCCUCGGUCCUCGUGAAGGUCGCGUUGCUUUCACCAGCACCAAUCAGACGUCGACCAUGAGUUAGCACAUCUGCCGCCGUCACUCAGGUCGAAAACCACACAAGUUUUGUUUUCUGUCUGAAUAUCAAAUGACAAGAGAUGGAGAACCGGCUCCAGACACCAGGGGGCGAGCUCCAGGAUUUGGCUUCACUUUUGCAGAACUGUCAUUUCAUCCACUUCUAUAUUUCCGUGUGUGGUGAGAGUGGACUCAAUCUUUACAUUUCAGAAACGCUCAGAAAGUUUAUUUUCCAAAAUGACCGUGAUUGAUUUCUCUCAUAUUGCUUCAUUUUAAGAAUCAUUUCAUCCACACUGGAUGUGUAAUUAGACUGAUAUAGUAUUUUUUUGACCACUUGGGUUGACACAAUAAAUUGUACAUGCAUAUUAUCAUCUUAUUAAGCUGUUAUGGUAUCAAAUGUCAGACAAUAUCGUAGCUUAUCUCCAGUAGAGAGACAAACUGUUAAACGUUGGCGCUCGUUUGGCUCCGUAGACGCUGAACGCUCCAAAACAACGAGCUGAAAGACGCCAAAACCACAAAACUGAGGAGGAUCGUGAUCGUGAACGUUCUCAGUCAACUCCGAGUACCAGCUCUUUUCCUCAGGGUCAUUUCCAGCACACGGUGGUCGGUCAGAAAGAGCAGGAGCUCACAACGCGAUGACAGAUCGCACCGUGAUUGGUUGUUACAGUAGCUGUUCCGUUCCGUUCCCUCCUUCUUCUCUUUCUUCUCCUUCCUCGUUGUUGAUGGCGGUUGGCGACCAGCGCAACAGGCUCGUUGUCGCCACCUUCUGCGUUUCCUCCGACGCCGGCAGAUAUCAAAGUGAAAACUGAAGAAGAGAGGAACGUGCGGUGACGUUAUGAAGACGUAGUGAUUAUUUAAUACAUUGGUCAUUUGGAUAGGUUCUAAAAAGGUUGUCAUUUGAUGUUCACGAGCUCGUUCUUAUCAUGUCGUGUCUCAAGAGCGUCCUCCCUCAGGGCUAACGCAUCUCGCCAUGGUCGAAUGGGUUCUUCUUGGCUCAGGCCCCGCCCCUCCACCUCGUCAUGGAAAUCGGUUCCGUGGUUUUUGAACAAUCCGACUGACAAACAGACGUCAGUGAAGACGUCGCCUGCUCGGUGGAAGUACAGUAAUAAAGAGCGUACGAUGUGUGGACGCGACAGGAAAUUCUCGAUUGAUGUCAAAACCUCCAGAACAUAAAAAAAUAAAGAGGCUGACUCACUUUCCUCUCCACCAGCAAACCAUCCACAGAACCGUCCGCGGAGAAGGAGUCUGGUCUCCAUGUCCAACGCGUGACCUGGUCCAUUUAAUGUAAAUAUGAAUUCUACAGUUAAAAUCCAGUCGUCACAAUUAUGAACCAAAAGAAAAUCCCACAAUUUAAACCACGCGGGCACAUUCACACACGAUCAGCUCCUCGCGGUCCACAUUCCUCGACACCAGUUUGCCUCACACCUGUGCAUUUUGAUCAUUAUCUGCUGUUUAUGAAUCUCAUCGAUUUGAAUUUUGUAAAUGUUUCUUUGUUUCUUUCGUCCCCGUCAGGUGACGUUGGAUCUGUGGUUGUGACGAACCGUCAGAUUAUUUAAGACUGUGAUGUUCAACAAAACUCUUGUGCACUGGGUUUUUUUGCAAUGUAAAGGACGUUUCCACGACAAAAAAAAAAAAUAUAUAUAUAUAUAUAUAGAUAAUUUUGUUUCUAAAUGCAGCAACCAAAAAUUUGCCGCGAGCGUGUCGGCGACGCGUUUCCAUUCCAGCAAGUUUGUUCAGAAGAAGAGAAACCGACCGACUUGUCCGUCGCUGUGCGGUUUCACGUUGGUCACGAUGUAAUUCACCUUAUUAUUUAUUGUUAUUUAUUUCUCCGAUAUUGUUAUGUUCAUACUUGAAAAGUGUGUCAAAGAAAAUAAAACUGGCUGUUGCAUUUGA